AUGAAUCCGCAACCCAAUGCCCCCGUCCUCGUUGGAGUCGGCGACGUACGCAACAGGUCCUCCAGCCCCGAGCAUGCCGUCGAACCGGCCCAGCUCAUGGCCAACGCGAUCCAGGCCGCCGUCCAAGACUGCGGGCUGGACAGCCGCGCGCAAAAGGCCUUGCUGUCGCAGGUGGACAGCCUGCGAGUGGUUCCCACAUGGACCUGGGCCUACGGCGACCUCGCCGGCGUCAUCUGCGACAAGCUGGGGGUGAAGCCGUCGCAGGUGGUGCUGGGCCAGCACGGCGGCCACCAGCCCGCGUUGCAGUGCGACGAGGCAGCUCGCGACGUUGCCGCAGGGAGGAGCAAGGUUUCCGUCCUGACGGGCGGAGAGGCCCUGGCUUCACGGCCCGGCACGUUGCAUUCGAUGGGCCUGCCCAUCCACGUCUACCCUCUGUACGAGAACGGCCGCCGCGCGCAUCGCGGACAGUCUGCGCGGGAAAACACCGCCGAGUCGGCCGGCAUGUAUGCUGCUUUCGACAAGAUCGCGUCCGAGAACCCGUGCUCCUGGAACUACCAGCAACCGCCCAAGACGGCCGAGCUCAUCGCAACACGGUCGAGAGAGAACAGAAUGAUUUGCGACCCCUACCCGCUGCUCAUGAAUGCCUUCAACGGCGUCAACCUCUCGGCCGCGUGCGUACUCACCUCGGCCGAAAACGCCCGGCGGCUGGGCAUCCCCCCAAGCAAAUGGGUCUACGUGCUCGGCGGCGCGGGAACCCGCGACAAGGACAACUUCUGGGAGCGACGAAACUACCACCGCAGCGAGGCCAUCUGCCGGUCCAUCGACGCGGCGCUGCAUGUCUCCGGCCUGAGUGCCAGCGACGUCGACUGCUUCGACUUUUACUCGUGCUUCCCCAUUGUCCCGAAACUGGCCUGCGACCAUGUCGGCCUGCCCACCACGUCGUGGCAGAAGCCCAUCACCCUGCUCGGCGGCCUCACGUCCUUUGGCGGCGCGGGCAACAAUUACUCCAUGCACGCAAUCACCGCCAUGACGCGGCGGCUUCGCUCCGGGCGCAGCAGCAGCAGCAGCAGCAGCAGCAGCAGCAGCAGCAGCAGCAGCACGGGACUCGUCCUGGCGAACGGAGGCAUGCUCACGCACCAACACGCACUGUGCUUGUCGGCCACGGCCCGGCGGGACGGGAAGCCGUAUCCCAGCGGCAACCCCCUGCCGCCUGUCGUGGACGAGUACAGCCCGGCAUUCACCGAGGCAGCAGAGGGUGCCGCGACGAUUGAGACGUAUACCGUGGAGUACAAUCGCGACGGAACACCCGGCCGGGGCCUCGUCGUUGGCAGAUUGCGCGGCACUGGCCAGCGCUUCCUGGCCAACCACGGGGACGAUGCCACGCUGAACCAGCUGGCGGGCACGUCAAAGGAGCAUAUCGGAAGGGCUGGGCAAGCGAGGGUUGGGCCGGACCAAAGAAAUCUGUUUUACCUGGAUGCCGGGAUGAAACUGUAG